GUUGCCUCUCAAUGUAUCAAUCGUUCUCAUGCAUGCACUCAGCUCUUCAAUGAUACGACUUUUCCCACUCGCCAAUGCCUAGGAACAUGGCUUUCUAUGCCUUCGUUACCUUUACUCGUGACGUGGAAGAUGGAGUGUUUGGUCCACGCUUGAAUCGCCAGCUUCGUGCUUUUUUUCAUGGUUAUUCGAGUACUAAAUUGAACAAACAUCUUGUACACGUAUGCUGUAGUCGUAGUAAUUAGUAAACUUACUCGUGUCAUCGGGCUUUCGUAACCGUGGGAAUCGAUGAAAAUAUAAAUAUACCGACAGCAACUACCUGUUUCCUGUUCCUACCUCACCCCGUCCUGUACCAUGUCGAAAGUUGUCACCUAUGAGGAGCUCAAGGAGCACAACACCAAAGAUCAACUUUGGGUUUUGAUCAGUGGUCAAGUUUACGAUGUCACCAAGUGGCUUGACGAGCACCCGGGAGGGGAUGAGGUUAUACUCGCGGAGGCUGGUGCUCGGGAUGCUACGGAGGCUUUCGAGGACGUCGGUCACUCGGACGAGGCCCGCGCGUUGCUGCCUGGCAUGUUGGUCGGAACCUUUGAAGAAACCGAGAAACUCAAAAUCAAGCCUGCAGCUUCUGCUGCUGCAACGAAAGUGUCUAAUGCUGUAGAGACAGGGUCCAACUUGAUGUACGUCGUCCCCUUGAGCUGCCUUGGUGCAUACUUCGCUUGGAGAUACUACACCGGCACCGUUUAACAUUCUACACUCGGAAUGGAUGUAUUCCCACGACGUCGUGUCCUCAUUCUAUCCUCUCAGGCAGACGAAAUUUAACAGGAAUGUGUCACUGCCUUGGGUACACCUCUAUGUUCUUCUAUAGCACUAUAUCGUACUUCAGCUGUAGUUUCAUUGCUUUUCUCCUAUAAUAAUGAUCCCUUAGACUAUUGCAAGCUCAGUG